CCCGACCCGACCCGUUUCUACCUCUAACUUCAUAAUUUUUUUCUUCCUUUUGCCUGGCUUUGUAAGGAACAGAGUGUUGAGGACUUGGCUCUCAAAAGCUGAGUUCAUUUGCUUUCUUCUUCACUUGUAAACCCUCAAAAAAUUCUAACUUAUUUUAGGAUUAAUAAUGGUGCUAGCAGCUUCUAUUACACCUUGCUGUGCCGUUUCAGUACGGUCAUCCACUUCUGCUUCUAGAAACUUCUCUCCUCUUCCGCCGCUCUCUCUUAUCCGAAAUCCAAUUCAACAGCGUCAGCUGCACCUCGCCGGAGCUAAUUACGGAGGUUCUCUCUUAUCUAUACAUGGAGUGAGGUUGCGACAGUCAUCUCUUGCUGCUGUAAUUGGUGAUACAACUGCCGUGUCAGAUGGCGCAGUUAACGAAGAAAUGUCAGCUACUAAGUUAUCUGAUCCUGUUACUAGUCAAGAAACUGAUUUGGAAAAUGGAGAGGACAGGGAAGAUAGUUCUGAAGGGUUGGAUGAGAAUAAAAUGAUCCGAGUAUGCGACAAGUUAAUUGAGGUCUUCUUGGUUGACAAGCCCAAACCUACUGAUUGGAGAAGAUUGCUAGCAUUUAGUAAGGAAUGGAACAAUAUUCGGCCCCACUUCUACAAGAGAUGUCAGGACCGAGCAGACAGUGAAAGUGAUCCUGGAAUGAAGCACAAGUUUCUCAGGCUUCAAAGAAAGCUGAGAGAGGUUGAUGAUGACGUUCAGAGGCAUAACGAACUUCUUGAGGCAAUCAGAAGGUCACCAUCUGAGGUUGGUGAUAUUGUUGCCAGACGUCGUAAAGAUUUUACAAAAGAGUUUUUUGUUCAUCUACACACUGUGGCAGAAUCCUAUUAUGAUGAUCCAGCAGAACAAAAUGCUGUGGCAAAACUAGGGAAUACAUGUUUGGAAGUUGUGGAAGCUUAUGAUACUGCAACUGAAAGUAUGGAAGCGUUAAACGCUGCAGAGUUGAAAUUCCAAGAUAUAAUCAAUUCACCUUCUGUGGAUGCGGCUUGCAAGAAAAUAGAUGAUUUGGCCCAAAAAAAUCAACUUGAUUCAGCACUGGUGCUCAUGAUUACAAAAGCAUGGUCAGCAGCCAAGGAGUCAGACAUGACAAAAGAUGAGGUAAAGGAUAUUCUUUAUCACUUGUAUAAGACAGCAAGAGGAAAUCUUCAGAGGCUCAUGCCAAAAGAAAUCAGAAUUCUGAAAUAUCUACUCACAAUUAAGGAUCCUGAGGAGCGAAUGUGCGCUUUGAAAGAUGCCUUCACACCGGGAGAAGAACUUGAAGGGGAACAUGUAGAUUGCUUAUACACGACUCCGGAGCAGCUGUACAACUGGAUUGGGACAGUGGUGGAUGCAUAUAAUUUCAGUAAAGAAGGCACUCUUAUAAAAGAAGCCAGAGACUUGAUGAACCCUAAAAUAAUUAAGAAAAUGGAGGAGUUAAAGAAGUUGAUCGUAGAUAACUUCAUGUAAGCAUUUGUUUGAUUUUAAGUAGGUAUGAGCUUUGCUUCCAGUGCCAGAUUCAUCAGCUCGUGCCAUCAAUCAUCCGUAUUUUAUAUAUCCCUGCUCUAAUCUGGUGACCACAUGAUUGCAUCACAACAUGGAGCAUAAAGCCUGACGGGUACAAUCUGCAUAGAUCGUUGAACUGUCCUUAGCUCGGAUUUGUGGAUAGUCCAGAAAAUUUGAAUAUCCUAGAUUUUUAUUCGGAAGCAUUGGGAUGUUGCCGAAAGUGGCAUUAGCAGUCGCUGGUUGUAUAGAACAUUUGGAAUUUUGUGUAUGAUAGAGCUUCUAUACUUGUUGUGGGAUAGUGACUUGAUGGUCUUUCUCCUACAUAGAAGCCUGUUUCCUUUUUGAUGAUCAGUUACGUCUUUAGGAUGGUUUUUAUACACGAAUGUAUCAAUUACUAUAAAGUUUAUCACUAUAACAAGAGGAUUAUAAGGGACAACUAGUCCUCUCUUACCUCAGUCAUGUCAA